AUGCGAGAGUGGUUUCUUGUAGAUGUUUUUCCUGCCAAUCCUUCUGCCAUAGGUCCUCAACUGUUACUCCACAGCACGGUGGGUAAUACUUCAAUUCUGGUCUGUUAUUUCACAAACUGGGCACAAUACAGACAAGGAAUUGGUCGAUACAUGCCUGAUAAAAUUGAUCCUUUUAUGUGCACCCAUUUGAUUUAUGCGUUUUCUAGCAUGAAAGAAAACAAUGAAAUUACUACGUUUGAAUGGAAUGAUGAAGUUCUUUACAAAUCAGUCAAUGAUCUCAAAAAAAAGAAUCCUCACUUGAAGACGCUCCUGGCUCUUGGAGGGUGGAAUUUUGGUUCCAGAAGUUAUAAUAGGAUGGUAUCUACUCCGACAAACAGAGCAACAUUCAUCAAGUCUGUGAUUAACUUUCUGACAAAGUAUAAGUUUGAUGGUUUAGAUCUGGAUUGGGAGUAUCCAGGUUCUAAAGGAAACCCGCCAGAAAGCAAACAACUGUUCACUACUUUGGUUGUGGAAUUGAAAAACGCCUUUAUAAAAGAAGCAAAAAAAACAGGAAAAGACAGACUACUGCUUACAGCUGCUGUGGCUGCUGGUAGAGAGAACAUUGAUGCUAGUUAUGAAAUAUCUAAAAUCUCUAAACAUUUGGAUUUUGUCAGUGUGAUGACAUAUGAUUUCCAUGGUGACUGGGACCCUUUCACUGGACACAACAGCCCUUUAUAUCGUGGCAAUACUGAUCAGGGUGUUUUUUUGGAUUUUAAUAUUGAUUUUGCUGUUAAAUACUGGAGAGAUAAUGGUGCACCAUCAAAUAAGCUGCUAAUUGGAAUUCCAACAUAUGGACGCACCUUCAAACUGAGCACUUCAAAUUCAGAUGUUGGUGCUCCAGCAUCUGGUCCUGGACCACAAGGCAAAUAUACGAGGACGGCUGGCAUCUUGGCUAAUUAUGAGGUCUGUGACUUUUUGAAAGGUGCAGAAAAGCGAUGGACCGAUGAACAGAAGGUUCCAUAUGCAGUUAAGGGCAAUAUAUGGCUUACAUAUGAAGACCAGCAAAGUAUUGAUAUAAAAAUUAAAUGGAUAAAGAAGAACAAAUUCGGAGGAGCUUUAGUGUGGACAUUUGACUUUGAUGAUUUCUCCAAUCAUUGUAAACAGGGACCCUAUCCUAUCAUUGGAGCGUUGAGCAGAAAGCUUUUAACAGAUUCAGAAAUAGCAGACAAGAGAGUCUUCAGUCCUCUCCAGCAAAGAUCUCCACAUUAUCUGAAUAGCAGCCCAUACCAGCUUACCUUGUACUUCAAAGAAGCAUUACCUUGCAUUCUGGCUAAUAACAUUCCAUAUGAGUGGCUGAAAAGAAGGAACUGUGGAAACAGUACGUGGUUCCUGCAGUAG